AUGAAACUUAUUGGUUCAAAUAUAUUUGAUAUAAAUUUAUAUCAUAUAACAUUACCACAAGCAAUGAUGAAUUUAUAUGAACAAAUAUUAAAUAAUACUAAACUUGAUGUACAAUUUCUUAUUGAUAAUAAAAUAAUAAAUGUACAUCGAAAUAUUUUAUGUUGUCGUUGUUUAUAUUUUCGUACAUUAUUACUAAAUGAUUUUAAUGAAAAAUAUCAAAUAAAACCAAUUGAAUUAACUGAUAUUGAUUAUGAAACAUUUAUUGAAUUAUUAUUUUUUAUUUAUAAUGGUACAUAUCAUAAAAAUAUAACAUAUGAUAUAGCUAUUAAAUGUAUGCUUUAUUCAAAUAAAAUAAAUUUUUUAAUAGGAAAAAAUGCUGCAUUAGAAAAAAUUUGUUAUUAUUUAUGUUUAGAUCAUAAUUUAAUUUUACCAAUGUAUUGUUCUAUUAAACAAUUCUCAUCAGAAUUUGAUUUAUUAUUAGAUUAUAUUUAUGAAUUAUGUUCACAAUAUAUGAAUGAAAUAUGUCAACAAAAAGAAUUUUCUAAACUUGAUAAAGAUUUAUUAAUUGAUUUAAUAUAUCAAUCAACUCAACGACGUGAAAUUCGUGAAAAAGAAAAAAAAAUAAUCAAAUGA